AUGAGUGUGACAAGGGAACAGCACUCUAACUUAUCAAGAAAACUUUUGGCAAAUUCAGUUUUGAAAACCAAUCCAGUCGUCAAUGGUUAUCCACAGUACCAGGAGCCAUUCAAUCUUGCCCAGCAGACAGGCUCCCAUGAAGUACUUAGUGAUGGUCAAACAAAGUUUAUUAGACAAAUGGUUCUAGAGAAUCCAGUAGCUUGGUGGGAUUCUGAUCUGCAUAACAAAUCAAUUAGUGUUGUUGGUUCUUAUACUUGGUUUCUCUACAGUGUUACUUUAAUUCUUAUUACAAUGUAUUUAGUUAGAACAAGGCAUGAAAUGAUGAAAGAUACAAUAGGUCAAAUACUAGUAUCUGUUAAUCAGACACAACAGCAGUGGCAGUCAGACAGCUCAUCAGGAAUCAGUACUAAGAGAGAUGUUGAUGACAGGGAAGCAACCAAGCUGGCCAAAGAGAAAGCCAAAGAAGAGAAGCAUGAGAGGAAAGAACAUGAAGCCUUUGCCAAGGAGGAAGAGAGACAUUCAUCCAGGGUGAAAGACUACGAAGGGAGCAGUGCAAGCCACAACUUGAGCGCAUCCUCCCACAGACAUAGUGCUGAGCCAUCACCCAAACAUUUGGAGGAAAGAGAUCCUAAACGAAGGCGUCUGGAAAUGAGUGGGUCAUCUCAGGGCAUGAUGAAUUGCACACUGGCCUGGCAUGGUUGUGGCACUAAAACAAAACAUGAGAUGCUUUGCCACCACAUCAUCUUCUUCUUUACCACCACAACAGCCACUGCAUGUCAUGUUGACAUGUUGUGCAACUUACUUCUUGAUUGUAGGAGUCACCAGUGGAUGGACAAAGCAAGCACAGAAAGAGUCCCACAAGUCAAGAAGCUGAUGAGUCUUUUGAAAUGGAAAAAGAUCGUAAAGAUAAAAAGAGGGAACACUGUUGAAACCUAUGACCCAGAACUUUCCAAAAGAAGAAAAAGUGAGGAUCAUUAUCUAGCUUCACGCAAACAAAAUGGGGAAGCCAAUGGAUCCUCCAAAAUGUAUGCAGAGAGAGAUUAUAAAGAGAAAUCUAAACAACAGAGUCACUCCUCUAAGAGCAAGGAACAGUUUAAUGAAACAGAUGGAUCUCCAAAACUGAAGAUGAAAGAAAAGAGAGACAAAUCAUGUUCCAAAAAAACAGAAAAAAUAAAACCAGUUUGAUCUGGAUGUUUCCAGACUGCAGUCUCUUGUUGACUAUUGUUAGUUGGAUGGCAAAUGUGCAGCUUUUUAAACCUUUUUUUUUCCUUUUGAAACAUUGAUUUAUAUAUUUCUCAAACAUUUUUAGAUAGUAACAUAUGUUGAUCUGUAGAUCUAGUGUGGGUGAAUGUGUGAUAUCAUGUACAUUAGACUCUGGCCAUUCAGUUGGUUCUGUAAAAUUACAAAGUGACACUUUUUU